AAACAAGAGUUCAAUAAACGUAAGCAAGCUACUGAGCUUGUACAACAGCUACAGAAAGACUAUGAUAGUUUGUUAUCAAAAUACGCUCUAGCAGAAUUGACAAUUGAUCAAAUGAGACUAGGUGCUAAGAUAAAUGUGUAUGCUGAUUCACCAACACCUAAUCAGAUA